AUGGAGCAAUCUUCUACGACAGCAACAACAACUUCAACAAAACAAGCCAAAAAGGCACCUGGAUUCUUAUUAGGAGUAUCUGAAGAUCGCAAUAAACGAUGUCGUAGAACAAUGGAAGAUGCUCAUACCUUUGUAUUCAAUUACAUGGGUGUACCUCGUCAGGGCUUCUUUGCUAUUUUUGACGGACAUGCUGGAAAGGCAACAGCUGAAUGGUGUGGGAAUAACUUUGAUAAAGUGUUGGCCAACGUAAUUGAAGAAAGUAACCCAGACGAAUCAGUUCCGGAAAUUUUAAAUAAAGCUUUUCUAAGAGUGGACAACCAAGUCAAUGAACGUGAAGGAAAGUUCUCUGGCUGUACGGCUAUCGUUGCCUUUGUGAAAGUGGCUGAAAACAACAAGCGUAUUUUAUAUACUGGAAACGUAGGUGAUGCGCGUGCUGUCUUGUGUCGUCAAAACAAAGCAGUUCGACUGUCUUAUGAUCAUAAGGGAUCUGAUUCUCAAGAAGCAAAACGCAUCAUGGACUUGGGAGGAUUUAUGAUGAACAACCGUGUGAAUGGAGUAUUAGCCGUAACACGAUCAUUAGGCGACAGUGUCAUGAAGGAAUUUGUUGUUGGAAAUCCCUUUACGACCGAGACAGAACUAGGACCCAGCGACGAGUUUCUAAUUUUAGCAUGCGACGGACUUUGGGAUGUUUGUGAAGAUCAAGAUGCAGUUGACCUCAUCAAAGAUAUACAAGACCCUCAAGUCGCAAGCCAAAAAUUACUAGAUCAUGCAUUGGCUAAUUUUAGUACAGAUAACUUGAGUGUUAUGGUAAUUCGACUUGAUGAUACUAAAGAGUAA